AUGGACGUCCGCCAGAUCUCAUUCACGUUCGAAGAUGAGGGGACGUUGGAUGGCAGUCUGCCUCCCAUCAAGAUCGCCUUCAUUGGAACCCGACAUCCCCAUGUCAUGUAUCGGUUUACCGUCCUAGAACAAAUGGGGGGAUUCGAAUUCUCAGGGUUUUAUGAGGAGGACGCGGGGGUCGCCACAGAACUGGCUAAACGGCUCCCCCGUCUGACCCGCUUCGAUACCCCAGAGGCGCUACUUGACACCAAUCCCGAUGUGGUGAUGAUACAUGCUCUGGAUCCCGAUGUUCCUCGCUGGGCUCGCUUUGCCAUCAACCACCCGGCCGCAUUCAAGGGCCUCUUUUUGGAGAAGCCUGGAGCGGCACUUCCGGAAGAUUUCUAUCGGCUGGCCGAGGAGAUUGAACAGAAACGCCCCGGUCUGGCCGUAGAGGUCGGAUAUGAGCUCCAUUAUUCUGAAUCACUCGCCUUUGCACGCAAGGUGAUCCAUGACGGCGUGUUGGGCGAUAUCACCACAGCACGUUUCCAUGGGGGGUGCCCGUCGGGCGCGGGGAUGGACCUGUGGCAAGCUAUCCCUGAGGACCUCGGGGGAAUCAUGCAAACAGAGGGCUGCCACACACUCGAGAAUGUGCUCGAUCUGUUUGGUGCACCCGACCGCGUCGUCUCCUCGAUCCGAAAACUACCGGAGCGACCACCUCACCCGGUAGUUGGAUGGAUCCCGGACCUAUUCACUGGGACGGUUCACAAGGGCGAGUUUGGCGUGGGAACAUUGCUUUAUGAAGAUGUUUGUUCGGGGAUCAUGGAAUACUCGGACAAGACAAUUGUGCUAGACCUGACAGCCUGGGAACCCACCGAGUGGUGCAAUGAAUGGGCAAUCGAUAUUUACGGCACCAACGGUUCACUUCAUGUGAUCCCGGACUAUCCUGUGGCGACGCUGUACUUGCGCGAAGCACGGGGAGACUUUGCGGCAGGACCAAGUAAACUAUCUACAGAAAAGCCCCACGGAACGUCAAACAUUCCAAGCUGCUAUCGAAAGCAGCUUGAGUCUUUGUUUGCUCGGGUCCGCGAUACCAAGCCAGGGCUUGGCUGCUGCGAUCUUCAGACCAAUGUGAAGAUUCUCAAGGUGAUCGAUGCCUUUUACAAGUCAGCUACAUCGAGACAGUGGAAGGAUGUGUAA